AUGUUUAUAAAUCCAAAUCCAACCAAAAUUUGGAUAACAAUAACGAUAACAACAGUAACAACAACAACAACAACGACAACAGCGCCAUCAUCAUCAUCAUCAUCAUCAUCACCGCCUACAAUAACAGCAAUGAUAACGAAAACUACGAAGUUUGAUAGUAAUAGCUUGCUUAAUGAAACAUUCAACGAUUAUAAUGAUUAUAUCAGUAAGUUUAAUUUUUAA